CAGGCGGGGCCUGGGAAGGAGUCUCCGCAGAAACCUGGCCCCCCCAGGGCCUUCCUGUGUCUGCAGCACCUAGCAACCACCGAGGCCACAUGGUCCUCUAGGGGGUCGUGGCCACGCUCCCACACGCUCUCCUCUGGCAGCAGCGGCCAGUCUCCUGGAGAUAACCUGAGACCAGGGAGAGACGGUCCUAGGAUGCUGGACUCCUCAGUGGCCGAGGCAAUGACCCGACUCACCCUGAAACUCUUGGAGAAGAAGCUGGAGCAAGAGCGUGAGGCUGUGGAAGGGGAUUCUGAGGACCCCCUGCUCCUAGCUGGAAAUGAGAACAGGCCGGACGCGGCCCUGCUGGACGCUCUGAGGAGGAGGCGAGCGCUUCUGCGGAGACUCUGGGAACAGCGUCUCCUAGAGGCCUCCCAGGCCCAAGGCCGGAGCGGGAUGACCAGAGGAGGAGCCAGUGGGUCCGCACUGCCCCCAGAGGUGCCCCCUGUGGGCAUCUACUCCCUGCCCCCGCCAGCCCUGGAGCCGCCACAGAUUAUCCAAUGCUCAGGCCCCCAGCCUCCUGCCACCGUCAUUCAACAGCUGCCCCAGCAGCCCCUCAUCGCACAGACCCCCCCUCUCCAGGCCUUCCCCACUCAAAGAUCAGGAAGUAUUAAGGAAGACAUGGUGGAGAUGAUGCUGAUGCAGAACGCCCAGAUGCACCAGAUCCUCAUGCAGAACCUGAUGCUCCAAGCCCUGCCCGCAGCGUUUCCGCCGUCCCGGGGACCACCGGCAGCGCCCCCGCAUCCUAUCCCCCAGAGGCAGAAGCCGCCCUCCGUGCACCACCACCACCACUACGCGCCCCCAGCCCCCCUGCAGGCCAUCCCGGCACCUGGCUUCCUGGCCGGGUACUCCACGUGGCCCGCGGUGGUCUCGGCCACGGCCCUCCCACCUGCCUCCAGCGUCCUGCCGGCCCUCCACCACUUGGCCGGGCCCGCCCCAGCGGCCCUUAGCCCGUAAGUCAAGGCCAGCUUCCCAGUCCGUAGGGUGGGAGUAACCUUAGAGCCUGGGUCGCACCUCCUCACCCCUGCUGACAAGCCAGCGGGCCUGUCUUUAUCUGGGCCCAGGCCGAAGCAGGGAAUUUGGAAAGGCCCUCCUGUCGUCUUGCAGGUGGGUCCUUGCAGCACUGGGCCCUGGAGGUCCCAGUCUGAGAACGGACCCCAUGCCACCCUCCAGGGGAGGCUGCUUGUGGCUUGGGGCAUCCAUCCAGCCCAGUAUGAGCAGGGCUGUGGGGACCCUCCCCUGAGCCCCGGCCGCAUGGCUCACCUGU